CCGGUCGGGGACUGCUGAGGUGGUCGUGCACUUCCGGUGGGUCCCGGGGAUCAUGGCCCGCAAGAAGAGGGUGCGCGCCAUCGCCGAGAUGGCCCGUAAAGUGCGGGAGUACUGGGCCCGCAAGAAUCGGCCCCGGGACAGCGAGCGCUUUGCGCUGGACUACCAGACCAUGACACGGCCGUACAGCGGGAAGAAGCUGCCGCUCCUGGCCCACCGCGACAUCCGCAACGAGAGCCGCCUCUUCCAGUUCCUCAACCGCCUGCCCCUCUUCGGCAUCGGCCGCCUCGUCACCAGGAAGUCCUGGCUCCUGGCCUACGACCAGCCCUGCUACUGGACCGUCAGCAAGGUCAAGGUGGAUUACACGGCCCAGGAUAUGGACCAUGGAAAAGCAUGGGGAGUGCUAACAUUCAAAGGUAAAACUGAUGAUACAAUAAAAGAAAUUGAUAAAGUCAUGUACCAUGAUUGGCGCCUGGUUCCAAAACACGAAGAAGCAGCUUUCAAGAGCUUCACGCCUGUUCCUGAGACAAAUAUUCGCUACGUCCCUUACCCUCCUUUGCUUCGUGCCAUGAUACUGGCACAGAGAGAGAAAGCUGGCAAAUCUAUAGGAGAAGAGCCUGUGGUUGAUCUGGAAAGAAAUCGCCACUUUCCAAAGGACUACUUUAAAAACCAGGAUUUGAAGAAAGAAGCAGCAGGAACGCCAAUAUAAAAAAACCUGGAUUACUCAUAGCUUUUGAUAGACUGAAUGCAGUUGAUGCCAGCAAUUUGAUGACUUGGUUAUGUAUAAUAAAAUCAAUUAUUUUGUACUAAGCUUUAAAUUCUCAGUUGAAUACUUGGAUGUUGACAGGCAGGAAAAGAACUAGCCGGUUCAGCACAAAUGCCCCCAUACUGUUGGCUGGAGCACAAACAGAGCUUGCCCCGUCCCCUUUUCCACUACUCCGUUGCCAAGUAACAUCCCUGGAGAAGCAUAGAAACAGAAUUCAAAAACCCAGGGCUAAUAGGUUAUACUUCUUAGCAUUGUCCUCCCUUUCCUUGCUUAUUUCGAAUUUGUCUUGUCAUCCUGAAGCCUGUAAUUAUUCUCACUGUGAUCAUCUACUCCUCUGAGUACCACCUCGUCUGUAAACUUUAUAAAUGUGCUCUUAUCCAGUCUAAUCUUUAAUCCAAGUUGCAGAGUAAUGCCUAUGAAAUGAAUCUUUAAGCAACCCCAGUGCAAAUCCCAAUUCGGCAAUAUAUGAAGUAUUGUGCCCAGUUCUGGUCACCUCAUUACAAGAAAGAUGUGGAAGCGUUGGAAAAGGUGCAGAGAAGAUUUACCAGGAUGUUGCCUGGAACGGAGGGAAGGUCUUAAGAGGAAAGGUUGAGAGAGCUAGGGCUUUUUUCUUUAGAACAACUAGGGAUAAGAGGUGACUUGAUAGAAGUGUACAAAAUGAUCAGAGUGGAUAGCCAGAGACUUUUUCCCAGGGCGGAGGUGGCUUUUACGCGAGGACAUAGUUUUAAAGUGAGUGGAGGUAGAUUUAGGGGAGACAUCAGAGGUAGGAUCUUUACUCAGAGAGUGGUAGGGAUGUGGAAUGCAUCAUUGGAGAGGGUAGUGGAGUCGGCCUCAUUAGGGGCAUUUAAGCGGCUAUUAGAUAGGCAUAUGGAUGAUAGUAUAAGGUAAGGCUGGAGGUUAGAUAGACCUUAGGAUUAGGGUAAAAGUUUGGUACAACAUUGCAGGCCAAAGGGCCUGUCCUGUGCUGUACAGUUCUAUGUUCUGAACCACCAGCUAUUCUGAAAACAUCAAUUUGCUCUUUAUGUUGAGUGUUUUUGAAAAAGACCAAAAGCUUCAGCAGCAAAUCUCUCUUCUCAGCACUAUCUAAGGUCUAGACCAUUUGUACUUCAUGACUGAGCCAACUUUGUAUCCAUACUUCUACUUUCUGUCAAUUUCUGUGUUUCCAUUCUCUUAACAAGUGUCCUGGGGCGUGUUGUUAGAUGCAUUCUGAAAGUCCUUAAAUACAAAUUCACGAUACUCCUUUGAUCAAUGUUCUUUAUUACCUCAUAAAAGAACUCAUUCAUGUAAUUCAGACAGGAUUUGCCUUUAACAAAGUGAUUCUGGCUCUUUCGAACUAGAAAGCAUGGGGCUAACUGGUCCUUUUUCAUUUAAGUCGGUUUGGAAGAAUGAAAUAGAACUCUGUAUUUGCUGCCGGUCUCAAUCCCUGACGGAUCAGCACAACUCUUACCUUCUCCCUGCUGAUUUCUGCUGUCGUUACAUUGGCAUCUCUGGAGGAAAGUUGUCUCAAGUCAAUCUUGGUACCAUCUUCACCCCGGUAUUUUGAGAGAACUGAUAACUGAUGGUAACAAAGUGUGGAGCUGGAUGAACACAGCAGGCCAAGCAGCAUCAGGAGCACAAAAGCUGACGUUUCGGGCCUAGACCCUUCAUCAGAAAGUGCUGUGUUCAUCCAGCCCUGCACUUUGUUACCUCGGAUUCACCAGCAUCUGCUGUUCCCAUUAUUUCUGAUAACUGAUGGUGUAUGUUUGAAAUAGCAUUUGACCCAGCACUUGGAUGUUUCACAUCAUGCUUGUGGUUACUUUGUACUCUGUGAUUAUCCUGUGCUGCACCAACUGAUUAAUUGCAUCCAUUUGUGGGGUUGUCCUAGAUGAAAUGAGUGAAAAAUCAGUUCAGCAAUAUUGAUUUGUUUCAUUUUUAUGUGUAUUAUAUGCAACUUUAGAUUGAGGCACAGCUGGCACUAGAUGGGGCUGUAGCACUAUUCUGAAUUCCUAACAGAUGGCCACUUGGUUCAAUAGGUGUCACAUCUUGAAGUGGAACUGUAAAUUUGUCAAUUAUUGUUAUGCAUUUAUAGCUGCAUGUAUGAUCCUGAAACUGGCACAGCUCCCUCCAAAAUAAUAUUGAAAGUCAAGAGCCUCUUCCAUCACAAAAUCAGCUAUUGAGUGGAGUCAGUCAAAAACUUGCAGCAAAAUUGAUAAGCCAUUGGUAUGUGUGGUUUCUUUCUUCUGAAUAUACCUGAUGACUUGGGGACAGUUUUUGAGAAAAGGUGCAAUCACAAUUUUAGCAGGUAAUGCUUCUCUUCCUUUGCCAAAAGUAAUUAUAGUCUAGAAUAGUACAGUACAUGAACAGGCCCUUCAUCCCACCCAGCCUGCACAUGAUGCCUUUCUAAACUUAAAAACCUUUUUUGCCUCUACAUGGUCCAUAUCCGUCUAUUCACUAUCUAUGCAUCUACCAAGCUGCCUCUUAAAUAUAGCUAUUGUAUUCACCUCCAUUACUACUUCUGGCAGCACAUUAAGGACAUUUAACACUGUGUUUAAUAAAAAACUUUUGCCUCUCA